UCAUACAAGUGACCCACCCUCUCAAUUCUCAUUCCCUACUCCAACUUCCCCCGAACCAAACAGGCUGGCAUAGUAUACGCAACCACAGCCCACGGGUACCUCCCCGCCGCCCCCAACAGCCGCCAUGGCCUCCGAGGCUCGCAAGACCGCCGCCGCAGCGCGCCCGCCUCCCCGCGACUUCCUCGCCCACCUCGAGGCCUACCUGGCCCGCCGCGACGGUGUCGACAAGCUCCUCAAGAUCUCCCGCUACGCCGCGCGCCUCGCCCUCGCCGCAGGGCCGCUGCCCCCGCCGGCCUCCGCGCGCCUCAAGUCCUUCGAGUCCAGCCUCGGCCUCAGCCGCAAGGCCUUCCGCCUCGGCAAGUUCGUCCAGGACGUCAACGCCCUCCGCGCGCACCCCGGCCCCCUCCCUCCGCCCUUCGUGCUCCUCGCCUACGGCGGCGAGGGCGUCUACUACUUCAUCGAGCAGUUCGUCUGGCUCGCGAAAGCUGGCCUCCUCCCGGCGCACCUCCUCCCCCGCCUCCAGCGUCUCAGCGCCUGGGCCGAGCUGGUGGGCUACGUCGGCUCCAUCACCAUCAAGCUGGAAGAAGUGACGAAGAUGGAGUCUUCAAUCAAGAUGCGGCGGGCGGAGGGUUGUGGGGAGGAGAACCAGGCGGUGACGACGAUGCGGGGGAAGCUGCUGCUGAAGCGUCUGUCCGUUGUGCAGGACGUGGCGGAUGCCUUCAUGGCGCUAGGGGACGUGACUAACGGGAAGGGGUUGCUCGGUAGCUCCACGCUGACGGCGUCCGCCGGAUUGCUGUCGGCGCUGAUCAGCACGCACAAGAACUGGAAUUCUUGCUGAAGUCCCAAGAUGCUUCAUUACGGUCGUAUUGGGAUAAAGGGGUUGCUUUCUUCCGACUGUGUUGCUUAUGGCUGACUUCAAAGAUGAGUGCUUGGCUCCAUAGUGCAAAAACAGAAGCACUGAACAUGCCUACAAGAACAAAACAGUCUCCAUGGCAGAUCAUUUUGCAGCAAUAAGAUGCACAAUGCAUCAUAAUUUGGUUCUGAUGCACUAGGAAGUUGAAACCAGCAUCACAAUCUGGUGUAUAGUUUUCCUGCUGUAGUUUUCGCUUCGUGUCAAUAUCAAAGGAGAAUUAACUAACCGUGCCGAAUUGGCUAGCACAAACUUUGGAACUGAUAUGAUUAUGGGCUAAUAUAUUAUGAAGCAAAUGUGCAACCAGAAGCACUGCAGAAGAAAGAAUGCUGUCUGUUUGAUUACCACGUGCUACAAUGUUUUUUCCCAUGUUACAUUGGUCCAAUUGAAUCAGCUUCAAAGGAAUAAUAGGCAAAUGCAGUUCUUACAUAUCGGACCAAAAUGUUGUUUCAUUCACAGUUUAUUUUUUUAUUUUUUUUAAUUUGUCACCUGUAAACUGAUGAAUAAAUACAUAAGUAUGCAAUGAUAUGUAGAUCAUGUAGCCCGUCCUGUGCUCAUAACUUAUUGCACUGGUUUAACUGCAGCUGAUUGUUGUUGUGGGGUCAAUAUUAACGUCGGUGUUUUUUCCAGCCCUUGUUUGGAUAAACAGUACAUAAAAUUUUAUACCAUUGUGAAUUACAAAAACUGUUUCGAAUUUACUCUUCCACUGACCUGGCUCCGAUGGGAGGCCUCUUGACCCUCUGCUACCAGGGGUGAGGUGUGAGUGACGUAGGGAGAAGUAGGUACUACGGAGCUGUAAGGUACUGUUACUCUGAUCACUUAGCUGAUUACUUAUCAGUGUUUAUAGUUUAUAACGCAAAUAUUCCUCGAGUUAAGAGUAAGACAGCUGGUAUACUGGGUAUGUGCUAAGAUUUCUUGGUUUGAGUAAGGUGUGACAAUAAUUUUUAUUUCCUUUCAUUUCUAGUAGCUAAGUAAGUCCACAUCAUAAUUGUAGGCAGGGAACCCCAAUUAGUUAUGUAUUCAUUUCUUUGAACAAAUUGUUUAUAAGUAUCAAAGUACGACAAUGAUCAUAGCAUAAAAUGAUUUUAUCAGCAAUGAACCAAAAAAACGCCUCUUAUGGUUCACAGCAACAAAUUACUACUUUCUUAUAAUCCGAUAUUUUGCAUUUACUGUAAGCUCCAUAAUUUCCUGCCUACUUAUUU